AUGGUAGCAGUAAAUCCAGGCUCAAACACUAUUUCACUAUUCCACAUCUCACCACACUCUCCUACAACAUUGACCAUGAUUGGCCAACCAGCGAACACCCUCGGGGAGUUCCCAAUAAGCGUUAGCAUCUCUUCCACUCUCCAGCAAACAUGUGUAGCCAAUUCCGGUGCGGUGGCUGGCGUUUCCUGCUUCGCCAUUUGUCCUACCCAAGGUCUCGUUCCUCUCGACACAGCAGUACGACCCUUCCAACUAAAUCAAACAACACCUCCUUCCGGUCCACUAAACACCGUAUCUCAAGUAUUCUUCAACAAAGAUUCAACAAUGCUGUUAGCGACAGUGAAAGGAGAUCCCACGAAGAACAACACAGGUUUCUUGUCGAUGUUUCCAGUCACCAAUGGAUCAGUCUCUCGAAACGAGAUAAGGACUUCGCCAACGGGGACUGCUGUGCUAUUCGGCACUGCUCUUCUGCCUGACGCGGACCAGAUAUUUGUCACCGACGCCUCAUUUGGUUCUGCUACUCUUUCUCUCCCCUCCAACUCCUCCAACCUCAACCUCGCAACCGUGUCCUCCUCCACCAAGAUCGCAGACCAGAAAGCUACCUGCUGGGCUACUUUCUCUUCUCUGACUUCCACCACCUUCGUGACCGACGUGGCAGUCAAUCACCUCGUGGAAGUCGAUCCUAGCUCAGGCCAACUCAUCACCGAGUUCCAGAGUCAGAAUGGGAAUGGAGGUAUGAUUGAUCUGGAGAGUGAUCAGGAAGGUGGUUUGAUCUUUGCUUUGAGUCCCGGUGGAGGAGAGGUAGGGGCACAGGGGACGAAUGUUGUGGUUUUUGAUGUUAGUGGUGGGAAGGGGAGUGUGACGGAGAUGCAGAACUUCGCGGUGCAAAUGGGUGUGGCAGGAGGGAGCGCGCAGGGCAUGGCUAUUUACUGAGGCUGGUGGGAGCAUACAGGCUCGUGCGAGCUUUUGAGCUUCUACGAGCUCACGUGCUAA